CAGAACGAAAUCCCCCCAGAAAGAAACCCACACCCCUCCUCCCCGUCGUCUCCUCCCCUUUCCCCUCCACGAACUCCUUCCGCCGCAAGCCAAAACCAUCGGAUUCAUUCCUUGCCGGGACAAUGAGGUCGUCGGAGUCGGAGUCGCGGUUCGUGCAGGAGCUGGUGCUCUACGCGGCGAGCGCCGCGCUCAGCUGCCUCGUCCUCUUCGCCGGCCUCCGCCAGCUCGACCCCAACCGCGCUGCCUCCCAGAAGGCGCUCCAGCAGAAGAAGGAGAUCGCCAAGCGGCUCGGCCGCCCCCUCAUCUCCACCACGCCCUACGAGGAUGUGAUUGCGUGCGACGUCAUCAACCCGGACCACAUCGACGUCGAGUUCGGCUCCAUUGGCGGCCUUGACCACGUCAAGCAGGCGCUCUACGAGCUCGUCAUCCUGCCCCUGCGCCGCCCCGAGCUAUUCACCUUCGGCAAGCUACUCAGCCCGCAGAAGGGCGUGCUCCUCUACGGCCCGCCUGGCACCGGAAAGACCAUGCUGGCCAAGGCCAUUGCCAAGGAGUCCAGUGCCGUCUUCAUCAAUGUCAGGAUAUCCAAUCUCAUGAGCAAGUGGUUUGGCGAUGCGCAGAAGCUCGUGGCCGCUGUUUUUAGUCUUGCUCACAAGCUCCAGCCUGCUAUUAUCUUCAUUGAUGAGGUUGAUAGCUUCUUGGGGCAGCGACGGACAACGGACCAUGAGGCCAUGACUAAUAUGAAGACGGAGUUCAUGUCCCUCUGGGAUGGUUUCACCACCGAUCAGAAUGCUCGUGUGACGGUCCUUGCUGCAACAAACAGACCUUCUGAGCUAGAUGAGGCCAUCGUCAGGCGCUUUACUCAGAUAUUUGAAAUUGGAAUUCCUGUUCAAAGUGAAAGGAGCAAGAUACUUCAGGUUGUAUUGAAGGGAGAAGAUGUCGAGCCUAAUAUUGAAUACGAUCACAUUGCAAGAUUGUGUGAGGGCUUCACUGGAUCAGACAUCCUAGAACUGUGCAAGCAGGCAGCAUUCUACCCUAUCAGGGAGCUGUUGGAUAAUGAGAAAAACGGGGGGAAAUUAGAUAAACCUAGACCCUUGAGACAAUCAGACCUGGAGAGAGCCUUAUCAACAUCUAGAAAGGGUAAGAAGGCUGCAAGUAUGGGAUUACAGCCACCCGUGUGGCUUCGGCCGUCAGAUUCAGAAGAUGAUCAGGUACAGAGCGCAAUCUUAGAGAUAUCUAAGCUGAUGUCCCAAAUAGUUCAGAACAGUCAGUCAGAACCGCAAGAGCCUUCUUCACCUUAGUCUAAUCCUUUUGCUAGAUCUCGUGAAAAUCUGCAGUGGAGUAAGCGCAAGCAUUACCUCGAUAUCGUUAGGUUUUCUUGUGCAGCUCGAAAGGUUCAGCACAUGUAUUAAUAAUGUCUUUUGCUUGGCGAGGCUGCACGGGUUUUUGAAGCUAAUUGCAGCUGGCAAGCUUGCACUGAUGCUUAAGUUUAUUCAAAAUUAUAUGUUCCUGUGCGCCAAAAUUCAAAAUUCUGUUCCAAUUUUUAAUUUAACUACUUUAGCGUAGACGCUAUACAUAAUGAAGAAAAAAGCUCUUCCAUUCCAACGUUCACAAACGUAUUUUUGUCUGAUUAUUUACAUUUAUUUAUAUCUGUCAAAGAGAAAUUAUUUCAUAACGCAAACUGUUGAUCCUUGAAAAGAGAUAUUACGAUGA